UUAUGCUGUAACAUUUUUUGCAGAAGCACUUCUAAAGUCUAAAAUACAAAAACAUUUACACCGUUGUUGCCCAGAAAAAAAUUUUUAUUUAUAUGGAGGGGUUUAUUUUACACAUUAAGGUACGUCGUCACCUGGACAUUCUGAAACAUUGGUGAAUGUAUCAUUUUUGUCAUUGUUUUGAUCAGCAUUGUAGGUACCCAGGAUUUGAUUGUACGAAUUAUAAUGUCUCAUUUUUUUUAAAGAAUAAUUCACCAAAAACAUUUAAGACAGCUUGAUAGGCAGCAUAAUAUUUUGCACAUCCAAACAUUAUGCAAUAUGAAUUUUUUGAAAGGGCUCCAACAAGUUACAAAACUUUUCUAAGUUACCGAAAGUUUCUAAAAUGUGCCUAAACAUUUGUCCCUCACAUUAACAUUAAAGCUCUUGUUAUGAGACUGUUUCAACCCAUGGUUGGGUAAGAUAUAUCCAUAUUCCUCAAACAUCUGCAUUUGUUCUCUCUUUGUUGGGUUGUAUCUCUCUAGGGCCAACUGCCCAUGCACGACUGGCAGCAGGCAUUUGCUCUAAUACGGGUGCGCAGCUGUCGCGCGCUAGAGGCGGGCAUUGAUAACAUUCACUUGACAGCAAAUGUUUCUAAUCGCGCGUUAUGCGUAUGGUUAUGUACUGCCCACAAUAAACCAGUGGCCUGUACACAGACUUGUGUUUUGCAGUAGCUUUGUGAAACAUGACAUCAUGUCUAAUAAUAGUUGUGCUGUAUUCAAUGUGCCAAUAGCCUACAUUGCAUUUGUAAAAUUGCGAAAUGAGGUUCCAUUAAAGUUGGUAUAAUAACUGUAAGUUAACAAGUGCUACAGAUCUCCGAAUUCGGGCAAUGCACUGUUUGGAGAUAAGAAGCGCGUGGAUGUGUGUUGACCUGGCACAGCCUGACUCUCACUCCUUUUCUCUCUCUCUCACACACGCACACUCUCUCUCCCACCUCCCUCUUUCCCCUCUCCCCCUGCUCACUUGUCACUUGCCCUCUGCUCACACAACAAGUCCCCUCAAUCAAACAAACCGCACUGCGGCCCGGUGCCACUAAUCUCCGUGCGGGACGCCGUUCAGAGCAGAUGGAGACACUUCAUACGGCCAUCGCCAGCAGAGGAGACACCGGACCGUUCAAAAAGCCGCUGUUGAAGAAGGAGCAUUGCAACGAUGACGAUAACAGCGAAACAAAUUACGUAGACCUCGGUAAUAAGCCGUCGGACAUGAAGUCGGAUAGCGCAAAGACGGUGAAAGUCACUUUCACAGGCGAAGGAAACCAGCUAGCCAUUUUCAAAUGCAAAAGCGAUGCGUCAAUCUCCACUAAGAGUCCCGGAGGGCAGGGGGAGAACGAUGAACACGAUAGUGUCAGUACAACUUUAUCAGAAGAGUGUCUCCAUAACGUCGAAAUUGAAAAGUGCUACGCUGAAAGACUUUGCGGAGAGCGCGAUCCACUAAUACGCGUUCCUUCAGACGAUGAGUUUACAGGAGACGAGAGCAAAAAGGAUGCGGAAAGCGAACCAAAAAGCGAAACUCCAAAAUAUGAAACGGAGGAGUUGCAAUACACGGAUAUGUACUUGAACAGUCGCUGUGAAUCAAAAGAUGGCACGGGCUCGGCGGACGUGGAGGCGCACUAUAUCACGACGCACGAGAUUCAGCUCACCGAGUUGGAUCACGAUGUGGAUUAUGAGUUUGGCCGCGGAUCCUGCUGGGAUUUCGAGGAUGAUAAUCUGGUUUAUUCGUUUGUCGAUUACGCGUCGUUUGAGAGCGGCGAGAAGACUCGUGGAAGAAUUCAAACUAAGGCGAAGAGCAGCAAGGUUCCGCCAACUUUACGCGCAGCGAAACUUUGCAGCACCGAGAGUGAACUUUGUGAAUCUGACAAAUGUGCCAGCUCGGACGAGGGUGUGGGUAAAACCGAACACGAACAAGAACACCGAAAUACGACGGGACCUAUUCACCUGUCCAUCAAAACGUCCUCUCGGGCCAUCAACGAGCAUGUUAAUGUCUUGCAACAGAAGAAUCUUCGCCUUCACACCAGACGCCCAGCCGAGGAGAGGCAAUAUUCAUUCAGAAGUUCUGACUCCAAAAACGAAGCCCUGUACGACCGCUAUUUUAUCCCACCUCCGGGUCGCCAACACCUAGCAAGCAAACUGAGAGUCAAAGACAUUAAUGAAUAUUCCAGUGGCGCGUCCAGUUCCGUUAGCGAGCUUGAUGACGCGGAUAAAGAGGUGCGCAAUCUUACCGCGCGUUCAUUCCGGAGUCUGGCGUGUCCUUACUUUGAUGCCAUAAAUUUAAGCAGCUCGAGUGAGUCCUCAAUGUCAGAACACAGCUUAAGUAUUAACAAAUGGUCUGCUUUCAUGGACUUGAAUUACAGCAACUUGACGCAAGGACUCGACCAGAACAUGCUUGCGCGCAAGACCCCUACGCCCGUUUUGGAUGAAAAUAACGGCGCUGAGUAUAAAAACAACAAAGAUGCACUUCGUACUAAUAUACCAAACUCGCAAACCAACAUACUGUCGUUGAAGAAUAACUUAAACUCUCAGCAGUCUUCUGGGGCGUCUAAAAAAAUAGAGAUACGAAGCAAACCGGACAGCACUGAAACCAUCACGCUCACAGAAACCUUGAACUUUAACUGCAAUGUCGGAGCAGGGAUGCCUGCGCGCGAGAGACGCGCGAAACGCUCACUGAAUGCCAGCGGGUCACGUUCCGCAGCUGAAAUCAUAGGCUUCACACCAACAAAGCCGGGGUGCGAAGCAGAAAAUCAGGUUCCUGAAACUGUUGAAACAUUUGAAGAUACCCACAAAAAAGCAAUUUUCGCUUCAAGUCUUUUAAAAAACGUAAUCUCGAAGAAAAUGCAAUUUGAACAAGAGCGCAAAAUGGAAAGGGGCGAAAUAUGCGACACACACCCGAUUUCUCCAUUGUGCCCUCAAUCUAGAGAUCAGGACGCAAAGAUAGAAAAAGAAAAUGAGUUACAAAGUGACAACUCGGAAACUGAAUCUGGACACUCGCAGGAGGAGCUCAAGGAUGUAGCAGACAACGUAUCUUGUGUCUCCGAUCUUGAGCCACCAGAGACCCCGAGUUCCCUAGCGGCUGAUCUCCCCGAGUCAUCUUGUGACCCAGGAAUUGCUUCUAAAUUUGACCCAAGAGAUGCCCAACAAACUCCCGUGACCCCCAGUCAAACGAGCGCUUUUAAAACCUGGAAAGAUGGUGAGCAGGAAUCUGCAGCACAGGGUGAUGUAGAAUCUCAUUGCGCACUGGAGGAAACACCGCCAGAUACUUCAAUUAGACCUGUGAUGGAAAGCAGCAAAUGUGUUGAGGGUGAGAGUAGUAAGAUGAUUAAGAUGUCUCACUUGUAUGUCCCUAGCUCGCAGCUUAUGCCCAAAGAGAAAGAAGCUGUCGGGCUUUCGUUACAUAAUCUAAAAGUGAAUAGAGAUGUUGCAGAGUCAGACGGGGGAGGGUGCGCAAAACUUAGCUCGGGCCAGCUCCCGUGCGCUGCGGACACAGACAAGACCUCACAAUGUCAAAAAGCCCCCGAGAUCAAAAUACGCCUUCGAAGUGUCAAAGAAAACCAAAGCAAACAGUUCAACAUCGCCAACCUUUUAACUCCUAAUAUCCAUUACAACGUCAACCAUAAAAAGGGCGAGUCUAAAAGUAACUUGCUUGCCCUAUCUGAUAGAGUACCGCAUUUUAUGGUAAGAGAUAUUAGAGAUAGUAAAUGUAAGUUCCAGACGCCCAUUCAUCAGGUCAGAGACGUGCGCAAGUUGGUUAAAAGCUCAUACAGGUUCGUGGCACUAGAAAACACUUGCGGCGCGUCAGGGACUGCCUCUAGCGCAACACCGGAUGGCAAACCUGUUAUAAAAAAGCAUUUUCCUUCACCAAUGGUAAUAAAAUGUCAGUCUGUAAACACAAACAGUGCCACAAAACAUCCUGACCCCACAAACGCGUGCUCUAAACGCGAGGAGGUCGACAGUGUACACGAAACCGUAAGAACGUCUCAAAAUCUCCCAUCUGAAUGCACUACAAAAAGCGACGGCGUGCGCGCAACAACCAGAGCUCCGUGCGCAAAGCAGCCUUUGACGGAACAGCACGAGUUCAGUUUAAAGAUCGAUGCCAAAAAAUCUGAUGGCAGCGAGAAGAAACCAGAAUCGAAAGUCCGAAAUCAAAUAGCUCUUGAAAAGUUAAAGGCAGCCGUGAAAACUAUGGAGCAGUUGUACGUUUUUGACAGGAACGAAUGGAAGCGCAAAACGCAAGCGCCACGGGCGAUCACAGACAGUCAUGUGCUGUCAUUAAUCACGAAAGAGAAACGGGGGGCCACGACCAGAACGGACUUCGAUAACGAAUGUGGAAGAGCUGAUAAUGAGAAGUUUACUAGCACGCAGCUGCACACUGAUAAGUUGGCCACAGCUCCUAGCACGGGCGUUGUGAUGGAUGAGGAUAAAAUGUAUAUGCCAACAAGUUCUCACGUUCAGGAAGACACUGCUAAAUUAGUAACCCAAAGGGCAGAUUCUUUGAAUAACAAGUGUGUGUUUAGUCUGGGCGGUAACCUCAAAGCACCCACCCAUACAACCACAGGGAAUGAAAGCACUCAGCAAAUAUGUUCUAGCAAAAGCUACACCUAUAAAUCUCAUAAAGCACCCCUGUCACUGACAAUCUGUCCUCCGAAAGCAAAAAGCGAGGACACUGUGAAUGACACUGUUUUAGGGCACCAACAUCAUCCACCAUCAGACUCUGACAAUUACCUGACAAUCCCUGUUAAAGCUGCAGAUUCCAAACAAACCCAGCCUCUCCCAAAGCCCCUGCAACGCUCACCUAUAGUUAUGGAGUCUUGGUCACCAGAAAGUCAGGCCGCCAUGAUAUAUCACCACGCCGUUCCCCUGCCGGCUGUGCCCGCCAUACCUGCCCCACAACCCCAGGUACUGUGCCUCACCCCUCCUGCAGAGCACCUGCAACCCCACGUCCAGCGCAAACUCCUGCUGGACCCCGCCACAGGCCAAUACUACUUAGUGGAAGCCCCCGUGCCCAUGCAGCCAGCCGCCCAGAGGUUUUACCAUCCUGAGAGCGGUCAGUACUUGGACAUUCCUUUAUCGCUCACACCGGUGCCAGUGUCGGUCUCACCGGUCACCAUCAGCCCAGCGGUAGCUUAUCCCCCCACGUACAUGGUUUACCCGCCGACCCUUUUGCCACCUCACCCACAACCCAGUACCCACUCCUCCACCUGUUCAGAGGGCGAGGACGCGGUUGAGACGGGCAACAUGUGUCUGAUCCAGCCGGGCAUGGCGGGACCAGGUGGCACCAAACCUGUCAUUAGUAUCACAUCACAGCAAAGCGCCCGUAUCGUCGCCCCUCCGUCCUUUGAUGGCACAACCAUGAGCUUCGUGGUGGAGCAUAGAUAAGUGAUGAUGGUCUAUGUUUGGUGGAACGCAUUCUUCUACCUUCCACUUGAAAAACUAUUCCUCAGACAUGUUUCCCACAUCUGUGUUCAUCGAUUCCUUGCAUUGUGCCAUCUGAAAGCGAAUGACUGAAACAAGUCUGUUUAAAAGACUUCUUGCUUUUUAUGUAGCAGGCGAUAAUUUGGACUUUAUCAGACUACUGUACUUUUUGUUGCCUAUCCAGGCAUCUUGAAGCACUGCAUAGGUAAGGUUGCUCAAUUAAUUUGUUAUAUAAAACGUGUUUUGUUCUUACAUUUUAUGGACCCCUUUUUAACUACCUGUAGAAAGUAGCAGCAAGUUCUGAAUGAGAAAACCAUUUUGUGUGUGAUUGAAAGGAAAAGAAAGAUUGUGUAUGAGAACAGGACAGAACAAGAGAUGUGUCUGAUUCCUGUCGCAGUGAUGAGAUUUAUUGUCAUUAUAACCAAUGGAUCGAUUGGUAGUUUUGUACAUUGUCAGUGUAUAAUGAUUAUUAUGCUAAUAAGAUUGAAAGCCGUUGUGCAUUUACUACGAAGUUCAAAAUUGUCUCUUUAUGUAUGUUCCCAAUUACCUCGGUGUGCAAUGUGCGUAUGUUGCUAUCUGGUAUCUGCAUCCAUAGUAUUUUGUGAAUUUCUUUCUGUUUUGUUACAUUGAUCUUACAUUAAAGGUAUAUGGAUCUGCAGGUCAGUCUAUGUACCACUUCUAAAAGGAA